AUGGGAAAAUCUCCAAUUGCUUUGAUUAGCCAUGACUUGUUUGUUGAACGUUGCGAGGGUUUGACGGUGAGGCUGCACUUCUCAACCUCUCAGCCUGAGUAUGCAAAGGUUGUGUCGUUAGAGAGAGACCAUUAUCAGCAAGGCUAUAAUAACACUAUUACUUGCCAAAUGGCACUGGUUAUAAUGUGUGGGCAGCCAUGCAGUGGUAAGUCCAAAGCUGCGCUCUGUCUGGUUGAAUCUUACAAAGAAUCAGAAUCAAAACAUCAAGUGAGAAUCAUAGACGAAGCUUGUUUUCAUCUUGAUCGGAACCAAAGCUAUGCAAAUAUGCCUUCAGAGAAAAAUUUAAGAGGGGUGCUUAGGUCAGAAGUAGAUAGGUCUGUGUCCAAAGAUAGCAUCGUCAUUAUAGAUUCUUUGAAUAACAUCAAGGGUUACAGAUACGAGCUGUGGUGCUUGGCUCGAGCUUCUGGAAUCAGAUACUGUGUGGUUUACUGUGACGUUGAAGAAACAUUUUGUAGGAAAUGGAAUGAAGAGCGCAGGGAGAAAGGAGAAGCCAGUUAUGAUGAUUCAAUUUUUGAAGAUUUGGUGAGAAGGUUUGAGAAACCAGACAGAAGAAACAGGUGGGAUUCUCCAUUGUUUGAAUUAUGGCCACACAGAGAAGGGACAGAGAAAUCUUCUCCUGCCAUUAUAGAUGCUGUCUCCUAUCUAACCAAAAAGGUGGACACCAAAACCAGGGAUGUUAAGAUUCUGCAACCAACUAUUGCAACUCAAACCACACGUUUUUCUGAUGCAAAUUCUCUCUAUGAAUUGGACAAAGCAACACAAGAGGUGACAAAUGCUAUAGUAGAAAUACAAUCUCAAGCUCUUGGAGGACCACUUAAUGGCGUUUCCAUCGGAAAAGACUUGCCUGUAAUCAAUAUUUCAAGGUCAGUUGGGUUGCCAGAGCUUCGGCGGAUGCGACGGACCUUCAUAAAGUUGACAGGGCAAACAAGUCUAAGUGGGCGACCACCCCCUUCAGAUGCUGACAGUGCAAAAAGAAUGUUCAUUGACUACUUGAACAGGGAACUAGGAACAUCCUGA